AAAGUUUGUUGUCCUCACUUUCAUGUUCACGCGCUCCAUUGUGUGGCGCUCGCGCGCGCGUGCCGGAGCGCUUCCUGGUUCCGCUCCCUCGUGCCUGCUCGUCCAUUCAGCGACCGCGCGCGGGCUCGUGAACCCGCAGCUCGGAGCCGUUUGAUCCCGGUUAGCCGCCGGUCCGCGGGUCCGGUCCGUCACCGGCAGCAUGUUUGCGUCCUGCUGUAACUGGUUGUGCAUGGACACGGCUGAAGGGGGCGCCGCAGAGCAUCAGGCCUACACCAACUCCGCCUUCAGCGGCAGCCAGCCGCCGUCGCCGGAACACGGCUGCACGGCCUGCGGGGGGCGCUUCGACACGCCCGCUAAGAAGCACACCUGUGCCGACUGCAAGAAGAGCUACUGCAGCCGUUGCUCCGCCCACAUUGGGCCCCGGCCCCGCCUCUGUCACACCUGCCAGCCCUUCUACGGGAACCAGCUGGAGCGGGCGGAGCUUAUGAAGCUACGGGUGAAGGACCUCCGGGAGUACCUGUGCCUUCACGAGGUUCCCACGCACCUGUGCCGAGAGAAGGAGGAGCUGGUGGAUCUGGUUCUGGGUCAGCAGUCCUCGCCUUCCAGCAGCUCCGCCCCCGAGACCCCCGUCACAGAAGCCCCCUCGAUGACCUUUGACCCCCGUGGGACGGCGAGGAGGCGCCGGCGUCUGGCCGCCGCGCCUCCCUGUCGGACCUGAGCGGCCCGGAGGACAUCGAGGCGCUGAGCGUGCGGCAGCUGAAGGAGAUCCUGGCCCGGAACUUUGUGGACUACAAAGGCUGCUGUGAGAAGUGGGAGCUGAUGGAGCGGGUGACCCGGCUGUACCAGGACCAGCAGAACCUGCUGGAGGUGACCUCGGCCGGCACUGCAGACGGCGCCGCCGCUCAGGAGGAGCACCUGUGCCGGAUCUGCAUGGACUCCCCCAUCGACUGCGUGCUGCUGGAGUGCGGUCACAUGGUCACCUGCACCAAGUGCGGCAAGCGGAUGAGCGAGUGUCCGAUCUGCCGCCAGUACGUCAUCCGAGCGGUUCACGUCUUCCGGUCCUGAGUCCACCUGAGGUCAGGAUGCUGGUGGACCUCCUGCUGCGGCGUGUUCAGGGGGAGGAGCUGCUGCUGGACCAAAGACCGCCCCCUGCUCGCCACUGAGCGGCGUCUCAGCUGGGACGUCCUCCGUGUGAGGUUCUCUGGUUCCGACCACAGAAGGUCCACGUCCUCCGGUCCUCCAUGUUUUUGCGUCCUUCCUGAGAAGGUUUUAAUUUAAAGUCUCCGCCUGGAGAACCAUGACGUGCUCCUCCUGAGGGGCGGAGCUCUUCCGGCUGAGGAUGAGGAUCUUCAGCGGCGGCUGUGGAAGGAAGUCCUGUUUGCACUAGAACUGUGGACGGCGGCGUGCGUGUGUGCGUGCACGUGCCUCCUCCGGUGUGACUUGGAGUUGUUUCCUGGGUACGCUGACUCGCUGCACUUUGAUUCCUCUUUGAACACAUUUCCAGGUGCUGACGUUCUGUUUUCGUGGUCCGAGUCGGACCGACCAAUCACGAUCAGUGCUUUGUUGUUUUUUUUUAAACCUGGGCUCAACAGGAGGCAAAGGGAUCGGUUCUGUUUGGAUGUCGGGUCCAGAGCUGCCUCCUCAUCACUGUGAGACUUUUCUAAACUGUUUGAUUCUGAGUGAUCGCUGCAAAAGUUUGUAAUAAAAACAUGUGGGACGAGCCUCCUCUUCA